AUUCCUACAAUCAACUGCAAAUCUUACUAUCUUGUGCUGUCCUAGGCAAAGAUCCCAAAGCAAACAUGUCUGGAGUUAAAGGAGGACAUCAGAAAGCCCAAUGCAAGGACCCGUGCCAGAAGCAGACCAUCUGCCAGGAUCCAUGCCAGAAGCAGACCAUCUGCCAGGAUCCAUGCCAAAAGCAGACCAUCUGCCAGGAUCCAUGCCAGAAGCAGACCAUCUGCCAGGAUCCAUGCCAGAAGCAGACCAUCUGCCAGGAUCCAUGCCAGAAGCAGACCAUCUGCCAGGAUCCAUGCCAGAAGCAGACCAUCUGCCAAGACCCAUGCCAGGAUCCCUGCAAGCCGGUACAGCAGUGCAAAGAUCCUUGCAACCCCUGUGUUCCUGAUCCUUGCCAGUCUCAAGGAAAAUAUUAAUGAAAGGACAAACCUGAGGCCAUAGAGGAAGCAAUGUUGCCUUUGAUGUUCAUAAGAACUUAUAUGCCUUAAAUUAAAAAUGUAACUUAAAUAUAUCGCUUGCUUAUUAAUAAAAGUUUCCCGUUGCAUAAUGUC